AUGUUUCAAAUCGAUGCUUUUUCUAUUUCCGGUAAUCUAAGCAAUGUUAAAAAACCUAUGGCACCACAUGAAUUUGUUGAAAUUCGAAUUGUAUGUAAAGCUGAUUAUCUUGAUCCGCAAUUAAAAAUAAAAUUGCAUGAAAUUAAAGAUAAAUUAAGGGAAAUACUUCACACUGGUCGAAGAAGAUUUGCAUUAAAAAAAGUGCAGCCGUGGAAUAGUGUUAAAGUUACUUUUGAUAUUCCGAAAGAGGCAGCUGAUCAGUUACAUUUACUUGCUAUACAAGGAAAUGUACGCCUCAUCGAACUCGGAAUACUUAGUGUGGAAAUUGUUGGACAAUCGAAUGCUAUUGUAGUUAAUAGCAAUAAUAAUACUAAUACUAAUAAUAAUAAUAAUAAUGCAUCAACAACAACUAAUCCAACAACGAACAGUAAAGAUUUAUCUAUGUUAUCAUCAUCAUCAACAACAACAACAGCAACAACAAAAAUUCCAAUUGAUUCUCUUGAAUCAACUGUUCCUCCACCACCUUCAACAAAUAAUUUUUCAUAUGAUAAUAAAACUGAUGAUCAUAGACAUAAACGUGUCAAAUUAGAAAAUGGUAAUGAUCAACAAAAUUAUUCAAAUUUAAAUAAUUAUUCAUAUAAAACUUCUUUAACAACUGUUAAUCUCAUGCAACCACCAUCCACAAUUGGACAUCCUAUUGGUCAUUAUAUAUCACAACAACAACAACAAACUCCACAAAUUCUUCAUCGACAACCACCAACAUCAACGAAUAAUUAUGGACGAUUAACAUAUCCAAACAGUAUUUCACCAACACAUCCUCCCACUUAUUUAAACAGUGGUAAACCUCCUCCUCCUCCUCCUCCUCAUCCGUAUCAAACUUCAUCAACAAUGGAUAAUAAUAAUACAACAUUAUCAAAUGGUAUUAGUAAUGAUAUACAUAAUUAUCAUCAUCAUCAUGAUUCAUGGUCAACAUAUGUUGAUCAUUCAAAUAAUUAUAAAAUGAAAGUUAAUGGUGUAUUAUCAAAUCAUUAUUAUCCUCAACAACAACAAUCGGAUAGUUCAUCAUCAACAUCGAAUAUUUAUUGUACACAACAACAAACACAAUAUGAUAUGAGAAGAUGUGAAACAAAUUUAACACAAAUGACAACAUCAACAACAAAUAUACAAAAUUCAUAUGAUGGUUCGUCAACUGGUUUAUCAUCUUAA